UAGGUGAACGGCUUGAUAACUAUAUGGGUGGAAAUCCAAACCCAACUUAUGGACAAAUAUACGGAGGUGCUCCUGGUGUCGGAGGUUAUGGUGGUGGAUAUGGAGGUGGAUAUGGUGGUGGAUAUGGUUAUCAAUACGGAUGA